CAUGCUUAUCGAGUGUGAUGGUAAUGAUGCAAAUCGGAUGAUGUGCUACUCGGUUGUGCGUCCUAGGGAGUACGUGCAUUCCCAGUAUGUUCGGGCCGUUGCAAACAUAUACAACAGGGAAUGGGCUCUGGAAUACCCAACGAAUUCUCGCAGAAUCAUGCUGGACUCCUCAUUUGCGUAUCAGAAAUUAAAGACGAGGGAAACAUAUGCUGGUCUGCUGAAGAAGUGGUCCACCCCUCUCCAGAAGAUUGUGUCAGCUGAUAUAUCUGUGGUAAGUCUAAUUAGUCUUUUUACUCCAUGUUUAUAUGUCUGAUUAUAUGCCAACAACAUGUGUCUGACUAUUUUCGGACUAAUAACUGAGUGAUGAGGCUGAAGAAGUGGUCCACCCCUCUCCAGAAGAUUGUGUCUUUUUACUCCAUGUUUAUAUGUCUGGUCAUUGUUUGAGGCUUCACGAGUCGCACGUCCUUGUGAACUACCUCCAAAAGUAGAAUUACUUGC